GUGGUCCAGAGCCACCAGACAUUCGAGUGGAGUUGUUGAGUGAAGUGGUCGCAUGGGAUUGUUUACGUGUAACAUUCUGAGUCGAAAGUCAGAAUUCUGAGAUUAUAAACUCCCACGCGUGGCCCGUAAUCCUCUUCGCUUUUUUUUCGACCCCCCCCCCCCCCCCCCCCCCGCACGAGGAGGCCUGAGCGGGACUCAAAGGACGUUUUCAAGAUGGCUGACGCGGCGUCCAGCAGAAGAGCGAAGAGGACCAAGGCGGCGGACUCGAACGAGCCCCCGCCCAAGACGUCCAGGGUCACGCUGCUCAGCCCGUCCCUCCUCCUCCUGGAGAUCCCCGCCGACGCCGACACCAGCCUCCCGGUGUGGGACGCCCUGCGGCUGAAGUACGUCGACGUCGCCUGGACCGUGAACCCCUACAGCGUCAGCGUGCACUUGACCCCCGUGACCUCCGCCCCGGGCGAACGCGGGAGCGGCCCGGACCCGGCGCGGGCCGCGCCGCCGGCGCUGUCUCUGUGCGUCCUGCAGCCUCAGAUGGUCGUGCAGCCCAUCACGCAGCGGCGCCGCGCCUCCCGGGGCGGCGCCCCCCCCUGCGUCCUGCUCGACUCCACCCAGAAGACCCCUCCGAACCCGGCCGUCUCCGUCCCCCUGCCGCUCAUGAUCGCCCAGCCGCGGCCCCCCCGUCAGCCCGGCGCCGCGGCCAAGAGGGGCGGCCCGCCGCCAGCCCCGUCCAAGCCGGUCGUUGAUUUCCACACGAGGGGCUCCGACGUGGAGAUCUGCGACCGGUUCCUCCUGGGCCUGUGUCGCGCGGGGGCCAAGUGCAAGCUGCACCACACGCCGCUCCCGUUCCACUGGCAGCUGUGGUGGGUGCGCGCCCACCAGUGGUUCAACCUCCCCCCGCACCUCCAGGUCCUGCUGGAGCGGCUCUACUGCGACGUCGACCAGGAGGCGGCUCAGAUCAAGGACGGAGAAAAGCGCUUCACUCUGAACUUUGACUCGAUGGCGCUGGACAAAGUCACGAAGUACGACGCGGUGAGACGCCUGAGCAACACCGACAGCCCGAUCCGGAACCCUCACUUCCCCAACAGAUGGAAAAUCUACUGGUGGAACAACCUCACCUGGGAAGAAUACAACUCAGACGUGUCCGACUUGCUGCGGAAGAAGAUGCGAGACAAGGAGCCCGAGUGCAGCUUCAGCGUCGGCCCGCGGGAGUACAAGCUGGACUUCACCGCCAUGAACCAGACCAACGUCACCACCGGGUUCCAGAGAGAAGUUCGCUGGAGGCCGGAAUACCGCUCCCCCGAAUCCAUGAAGCCCGACCUGCAGACAGGAGUCGAUCUCGACCCCGUCGAGCCUGCCGGCGGUCUGCCGCCGGCGAACUUCAGCGUGGACCCUCUGGAGGAGUUCAGCUCCUGGUACCCUCCCGUGUGGUGUCCGCCCCCGGAUGGGGAGGCGGAGGAGGAGCUCAGGCUGGUGGACGUCCCGGCGUGGACGCGGGCCUACGGGAAGGUCCGAAACCUCUUCUACGAGAGCCUGCCGGAGACCAAGGUGGACAUCGUCAGCGUCCAGCAGGUCCAGAACCCCCUGCUCUGGGACAAGUACCAAAGGCACAAGGUGCACAUGCAGAAGCAGCACGCCGCGUCCGAGGAGCCCCUGGAGCGGCACCUCUUCCACGGGACGACGAGAGGCGCCUCCGACGGCAUCUGCCACAACAACUUCGACCCGCGCGUGGCCGGGGCCAACGGCGUGUCGCACGGUUUCGGCUCCUACUUCGCCACCGCCGCCGCCCGCUCCAACAAUUACUCGGCCAAGGGCGACCUGGACGACGUCCGCCACAUGUUCCUGGCCAAAGUGCUGGUGGGGAAGGCGUGCGUGGGACGGAGCAACUACCGGCGCCCGCCGCCGCUCAAGUCCAAGGCGAGGCCGCACAAGCUCUACGACACCUGCGUGGACGUCGUGGACAGACCCACCAUGUUUGUAGUGUACGACAGUUGUCAGUGCUACCCGUACUACCUGAUCAAAUACAGGGACAUCCCCAACCUGAUCGACAUUUGAUGGGCGGCGGCGGCGGCGGCGGCGGCGGCAACUGUUCAAACGUCAGAGUGUUGCGGUCGCACGACGACCUGAAAGUGUUACUGAAUUCAUCAAAUGCCAUCAGGUGAAGUUGCAGCAAACGUUCGGUUUGCGUUCACAAAAUUAAAAUAAACAGUGCAAUGUAUGGAUUAUGCGCAAUGAUAAUUGCUCGGAAAUGUUGAAAAAGCGUUGCGACACAAAUUAAGCACUUUAAUUUUUUCAAUUCUUUUUCAAAGUGUCUUUUAUUUUAGUUAUUUAAACUUUUUUUUUUUUACAUUUACAGAAACGAGCACUUUAGAUGUUUUUUUCUUUUCUCUUCCAAGGUUCUGAAUCAAAUGGACAUUGUCUAUGAAAAUAAACUGUUCCAUCUCUCACACGUUCGAACGCGAUCACCGUCAUAGUUUCGUCUGUUGAAAUACAAACGUAUAUAUAUAUCCUGAUUUGUAUGUUUUGUACAAUUUUCAAACUGGAAUGUUUCACCAGAGGUUCCUGUAAAAGUAAACGUGUUUUUUUUUUAAAACUAUCCUCUAAUAAAUCUUCUUUUUCUCUCUC